AUGACGAAAAAGCCAAAAAAAGCCGAUCUGUCUUCUCGAUUGAGCUUCUUGGAACGACAAGUCGACAAGCUCAGCGCAUCAAAUGCUCUCUUCGUCGCUUCAAAACCCGACCAGGAGAGACUGGUCGCUCAGCAGAGCCCAGGUAGUAGCCGCAAUUUAGAAUCACCGCCCCGGAGGCCUCAUUUUCUAGAUUCUCGAAGGUGCAAUGCAGAGAUGGAAACUGAGACUCAUAAUGAGGAGCUCGGUGCCACCAGUUCACCAUCAGCGACAAAUACCCUGACACGUCAAUUCGGCCAGCUAUUCGUAGAUCGAAACAGCGGACAAUCCCAAGAACUCAAUGACCUUUUUGAAUCUGCUCCCUCGCCCAAUCCGUCCCUCUCAUCAGACGAGCACCCUUCAUCGCCUACUUUGACUCCAUCUUUCGACAGCAAUAGUCUGUUCAUAUUUGGAUACUAUGCUCAGGCUCAUUCCUUGCGAAGCUACCACCCGACUCCGACCUGUGCAUAUGCCCUUUUGGGUAUUUUCGAACAAAAUAUUGCCCCAUUAGUUCAGAUUGUUCAUAAGCCGGUGUUGAGAAGCCUCAUUCACACGGCAUGCAUGGAUCCAGAACAGCUUGACCGAGGCUCUGAGGCUUUGACGUUUGCCAUCUAUUUUGCCGCCGUGUCUAGCAUAACGCGAGAACAAUGCCUUACGUACUUCUCAGAAGACCACGCCGCCCUGGUCCAACGAUAUCGCUUCGCUGUUGAGCAGACGCUGUCGCGCGCCGGUUUUCUUCACACCCAGAAGCUUAUAGUUUUGCAAGCGGCCGUCCUCUUUUUGACGUGCGCUUGUCACCCCAAGAAUGGGAAAUUUGUCUGGACAAUGAUAGGCUUAAUCACUCGGCUUGGCCUAGGCCUGGGGCUCCAUCGCGAUGGCAGUCAGUUUGGGCUGAGUCCCUUCGAGACGGAAAUGCGCCGGCGGCUCUGGUGGUAUAUUUAUUUGUUAGAUAUUCAAGCAUCUGAAUAUCAGGCGACGAGCCCCCAGAUCCGGGAAAGCGAUUGCGAUACAAAGCUGCCAUUGAAUCUCAACGAUAGCGAUUGGUCAUCUGAGCUGGAAGUGCCUCCGCAAGAACGGACCGGCUUUACAGAAAUGACCCUUACUUUAGUCCGCUGCCAGAUUUUGAUGGCCCAUUGCAGGCUCAUGCAAAUGAAAAACUCGACCGGGGAUGACCAUGCAAUCCUUUUCAAAAAUCGCAAGCUGGCAAUCGACGAGCUUCGGAAGAGACUUGAUCUACAUUAUCUCCAAUAUUGCGACGUCCAAAUUCCUAUCCAAUGGGUGGUUGCAACCAUUGCACGGGUUGCCGUUUCACGAUUGUGGCUCAUCUCUCAUUUCUCGCUGCUGAAUUCCCCGGGGUUUGAUUCCAACUUGUUGCCCGACCAGUGUGAUAUACUUGUCAGAACUGCUAUUGAAGUCCUCGAAUUCGCCUACCUGAUGGAAACUCACUUAAACACAAAGCAAUGGAGUUGGCUCUUUCAAGGGCAUGCGCAGUGGCAAUCGUUUGCUUUUGUUCUGUCCGAGCUUUGUGCACGUCCGACCUCUCCUUUGUCUGAUCGUGCAUGGGCAGCCGUGAUGAAAGUUUUCGAGCGAUGGAAACAGCCAGAUUAUCAAAAGGAGGGUCUGGUCAUGCGAAUUUUGGAACGUCUGAUGAAUCGUGCUGCUUCGAUUCGGGACCAGCUACAGGCCCCCGCACUGACAUCUCAGCUCGAAUCCAAUCCACCGAGCUCAAACAAUGUGGAUUUGCCUCCAAACCUCGAGGAUGAUUAUUUGACGUCAGUAGCCCUUGAAAAAACCAGUGGUCUGGAUAUUUUCAGAGAUGUGUUGUCCAACAUGGACCUAUCCCAGUGGGGUUUAAAGUGA